AUGCAACUUCGCGAGAUCCUCUCCACAGCUCUGGCUACGGCACCGCUGGCAGUGUCCGCAGCCGGCACACUUGGUUUUGCCGUUGGGAACACCAACCCCGACGGCUCCUGCAAGGUGCAAUCCGACUUUGAAGCCGACUUCCAGGCCAUCCAGAGCAACACCGAUGCUCAAUUAGUCCGAACCUACUCCUCGUCCGAUAUCUUUGGCAACCCGUGCCAUACUCCCUCAGAGGUGCUCCCAGCUGCUAAGAAUGCAGGUAUCAAGGUGCUAUUGGGCAUGUGGCCCGACGGCGGUGCAUAUGACAAGGAGAAGGCAGCAAUCGACGAAGCAGAUCCGACUUCAUUCGGCGAUACGCUCUACGGCAUCACAAUCGGCUCCGAGGGCAUGUAUCGUGGCACAUACGACGGCGAUCAGCUCCUAGGCUGGAUCUCCGACAUGCAAAAGUCCUACCCUGAUACACUGCUCGGGACCGCGGACAGCUGGAACUGCUGGAAUAACGGGUCCAUGGACGCCAUCAUCACCAGCGGCAUCCAGUUGAUUCUCGCCAACGGGUUCGCGUACUGGCAAUACCAGGACAUUUCCAACGCCACAAAGACUUACUUUGACGACAUGGCCGCAGCGCUCGGCCACGUCCAGGACGUCACAGGCAGUUUGGACAAGGUGCAUUUCAUGAAUGGCGAAACCGGGUGGCCCGGCACAGGCGGCUCCGACGCCGGCGCGGCCAAAGCAGGCGACGACAACAUGGAGACCUACUGGCACUCGGCCGUCUGCGGGCUCUUGGACUGGGGCGUCGAUCUCUUCUGGUUCGAGGCCUUCGACGAGCCGAACAAGGCCGAUGCCAUCGGCGACAACGGACAAAUAGCGAGCGAGAAGCACUGGGGCAGCUUCAACAGCGAUCGCUCCCCCAAGUUUGACAUGCAUUGCUAG